GCUUCUUGACGCAUCCAGUCAUAUAAAAAGCUGGAUUUAUGCCCUUCAAAGCGAACCGUCCACAGCUCUGUGUCGUCUAACGAACACCAACCACAAUUACCCAGCUCAGCAUUCUUCGCAGUGUCCACUGUUCAAAGAAGGUUUCGUUUAUUUACAAAGAUCGGCAGUGACGUUCGGCGUCUCGCAUACAUACACACACACAAGCGUGUUGAAUUAGUACAAGUCCAAAGGACGGGUUUGUCAAUUCCUUGCUCAUUGAGCCGUUAAGUGUCGUCUCCGUGACCCACACGUUACCUCAUUAGGGCCUUUAUAAGUUUAUUUUUGUUUCUUUCACUUCGGUCCUUUCCUUAGCACAACACAUUUUCUUUGUGUCGGUGUCGGUUCAUAUUUAACGGAUCGUCUUAUCUAGCGUUUUCGCUUGGGAAUCUAUUUUUUUAUUAAUUACGACGAGAAUUCAGCUGAAUUCUUCGCUCGAAAGUAUUUAGACCAAGUCAGUAAUACGACUCAAUUGUGUCGUCCUUUCCUUUCCGACGCUUUCCUAGUCUUUAUUAGGACAAUUCCGUUCUUCUGUUUUUCAAUUAUUCCUUUCUGUCUUCUGUUUAACCCCGUUUCUGCUUUUAUUUCCCUCCCAACGUUACCAUGGAUCACUUUCGCAAUCUCACAAGCAAAGAGCACCAAAUUCAGGAGCGUAGCAUCGAUGUCGAUGAAUACCGUGCCAGUUUGGCCGACAAAGGUUUCUUCCAGCGACUUCGUCUGCGUAUUAUGAACAAGGGUCGCCAGUUCGACGUAAAUGUCGCUGCUCCUACACAACACGUGUUCGGUGCAAACGAGGAAGAUGAGUCCGUCUACAUUCAAACGAAUUCUACCCUUUCUGAAGACGGUGGUGUCAAGAAGGAUCAGAGCGUGGAAAUUAAAACGGUUGCUGCUGCGAAGCCAACGAAGCCAGCUACCGAGAAAAAGGUCUCCUUUACAUAUGCCAAGUAUCGCCGCCGCACGCUUGCCGGUCGUCUUUUCGACCUGGUGACUGAGUAUAUGGGUUCUGCCAUUGUCUUCUUAAUCACUCUUGCUAUUCUCAUUGCUUGGGCCGUUUGGGGUAUCGUCGCGCGGGCCCCGAAUCAGUGGCAGAUUGUGAUGCAGGACGGCAGUUCCAUUCAGUGUUACAUUUCUGAUACCCUUCUUAUGCGUCAACAACAAAACAACUACACCCAAUUACUUAUCAAUGUGGCCGAGCUCCGUUCCCGUCUUGUCAGCCUUAAGCGCAUGUUCCUUAAACUUCAACACGAUGAAGGCGAGGCUAUACCUGUUGAUGAAAACUACACACCACUCGUCGACCGUGCCGACCUCCAGGACACGGUGGGUGAUGCUGUGAAGUUGCCCGUGGAAAACGUUUUCGACGUCGUCUGUAACUGGAUCAGCAGAGCCACCGGUAGUAUCUAUUCUUCCAUUUUGUACUGGAUUUGUAUUAUCAUUUGGGCUGCUAGCGGUACUCUCAUCGGUUUCAACGACAACUGGCAAUUGUACAUCAACACUGCCGUUGCCGUCGAACUUACAUUCACAUCUGUGUUCUUGCAGAAUACCCGACACCGUCACAUGCGCUACCUUGAGCACUGUCUGUCGGCUAUCAUCCACAUUGACUCUGUCCUUGAACUCGAGUUGAGACGCCAAAGCGGCGACCGUCAAGAAAACCCCAUCUGUGCAAUCAAGUCUAUGAAGGUGUCUCGUAGUUGCCGUGCCAUUGACUACUAUUCUGAUGUUAUUGGUUCGGGUAUUGGUGCCAUCAUCUGUUUUGCUGUGCUUCUUGUCUGGCUUAUUAUGGGUAAGCCCAUGAACUACAGUGAUGAUUGGUGGUUGAUUAUUGGUACUUACACUGGUCUUGUUGGUUUCUUGGAUGGUUUCGUGCUUAGAAAUGUCUACUACCGUCAAGAUACUUACUCUGAUAAUCAGAUUGAGACUCUUAUCGAGGAAGAUGAGGCCAUGUUCCAAACACUCGGCUUCCCUUUGCCAUACGAGAAGACCAAGAUCCCCCAUGCUUUCGGUUAUAAGGUCAGUGAGUUUGUGGGUAACGUUUGUUCGUCCCCCUGGGCUGUUGCCGCCUCUGUCCUUAUUAUCGCUGCUUUGCUGAUCAUCGCCUGCAUUUUGCACUGGAGUACUACUGGUCAAUUGCUUUGCAACACCCCUACUAUGAUUAUCGAAGGCGCCCUGUUAAUUAUCCUCCUUGAGGCCCAUAAUACCGCCAACACCAAGCUCCGUGUCGAGUUCCGUGAGCUUUAUCUUCGCCGCCUGUCUCUUCUCCGUCGUGUCGCAGGCGUCGCCCAGUGAAGUGUACAUGCGUGAUUUAUUUCCUUUUUAUUCGUUUCGUUAGUUCAUAUGUAUAGUUUUUUUUAUUAUGGAUUCGUUUAGACAUGUGAUGAA